AUUAUCGGAUCUUCUCGGCCUUAAGUGGGCGAGCAAACGCGAGGAGCACCAGUGUCGCCAAAUAUGAUGGCAUCUCUGUGGUAGGAUGAGAAGUCCAGUGCCGCGUUUCAGGGACGUUGAGAGGCAGGCCAGUGGCCUGCAGCCCACACAGUGUCUUCCUCCCUGUCAUGAGAGACAGAACAACAUGUGGUUCAUCCGAGAUGCCUGUGGCAUCAUUUGUGCGAUCAUCACCUGGCUUCUCGUCGUCUUUGCCGAGGUCGUCGUGCUGUUCGUCAUGCUGAUUCCAUCGAAGAGCCUCACCUACAGCCUGGUGAAUGGCACCCUCUUCAACAGCCUGGCCUUCCUCGCCCUGGCGUCUCAUUUCAGAGCCAUGUGCACCGACCCGGGAGCCGUGCCAAAGGGAAACGCCACUAAGGAGUACAUCGAGAGCCUGCAGCUGAAGCCUGGCCAGGUGGUUUACAAAUGUCCCAAGUGCUGCAGUAUUAAGCCGGAUAGAGCUCACCACUGCAGUGUUUGUAAGCGCUGUAUACGGAAGAUGGAUCAUCAUUGCCCUUGGGUAAACAAUUGUGUCGGGGAAAAUAACCAGAAGUACUUUGUGCUUUUCACAAUGUACAUUUUCCUGAUCUCUCUGCAUUCCUUGGUCAUGGUGGUCUUUCAUUUUCUCUACUGCUUUGAAGAUGACUGGACAA